AUGACACUGUCGCUUCUGUCCUAUGUCUCCUUGAGCACCAUCCAGAGGAAGUUAGAAAGGAUCUGGAAACAAUUCGGUGAGGGCAAAAAGAGGACCACAGCAGUGCUUGACUGCCCGUGCUGUGCUAAGAAGGGGGUGGUCCGGCUGGAUAAGCACCUGCAGGACAGGCAUCUUAAGACCUCCUCCGAUGAGCGUGCUGCCCUCUUGCGCGAGGCAAAACGCGCGGCCAUAGUAAAGGAGCUGAGGGACCUCAGGCUCUCAGACCCGUCAGUGCCCCUCCUUUCUGAACUGGACAUUGAUCCUGAGCCCCUGGUGGGAGGUGAGGGGAUGGAGGAGGAGGAGGAUCAGGCCAUCGCCGGCCCUUCUGUCUCUGAUCCUGAGCCCCUGGUGGGAGGUGAGGGGAUGGAGGAGGAGGAGGAUCAGGCCAUCGCCGGCCCUUCCCUCUCUGGGACUUCAUACCACAUGGACCAGGAGAGGCCGGGUCCAUCUGUCAGUUUGGAGGCAUUCCAGAGGCUGGAGGCCCGCCUCAGCAGUCUGGAGCGCUCCCACGCCCUUCUUUUAAAGAAGUGGCGGUCCCUCCAGGCUGCCCCGGCUCCCGUGGCCCCCACGUCCGCUCAGAAGGGGGAGCACGUGGGCAAGCUACAGAAUGCGGACUUCCUGUAUGAAUCCCUCGUGGAGGACUACAGGCUGUUCCGGCUCGGGGCGCGGACCAGGACGAAGGACAUUGACAACGCGAAGCAGUCAGCCAGCCACUCCCUGAGGUUCUGCCGGUACAUGGCCCAGGGAGUGGCGGCUGACUGCCUGACCAGGAGCGUCAGGUUCCUCAACCGGCUGGACCACCUGCGUGGAUACCCGACGUACCUGGUCAACAAGGGGUACAAGAGUACCACAAUCAAAAAUAUGAUUACCAAUGUAAUCAUGUUCCUGCGCCAUGUGAGCAAGCGCUUCCCGCGCCAGACCCGCCUGAGGCCCGCUGAAGCCUCUAACAUCGAAUAUGAGCUUCAGCGGAUCCAACAUCCAGCGGGAAGUGCUUGUUCACAGGCAAAAGGUCCUCAAGAAAAAGUCAGUUCCAUUCUUUUCACAGCCGACCAGCUGGACCCCAGGGACAGCGUCACAUUUUUGGACAGGGCCAAAAGGGCCAUUGACGAAAUUAUCUGCCGAAAGGAUCCCGAUGAGCUGCAUGGCCUGGGGAUGGGCUACAUACUGUGCUACCUGGCCAUUGUAACAGGCCACCGGGCGGUGGUAUUCCAUCACGUGACGAAGGAGUCGGUACAGGAGGCCGACUCCUGGAAGUCUGGAACUCGCUUCCAAGUGUUGGUGGACGACCACAAAACCAGUCGAACAUUCGGGCAGGCCUCCCUCGUCCUCGAACGCCACGAAUUUAACUGGCUCCGUGUCCUGGCCACCGGUGAGGUCUGCACUGAGGAGUGCAGGGAGGUGGACAACAUAUUCCACUCGCCAUCUGGAGGCCCAAUAAGACAGGUCUCUGAGCUCAUAAACAGGGCGUGGGCAGCGGCUGGACUUGGGGGGUCCAUCAGCUUCAACAAGAUCAGGAGCAGCGUGUCCACACAGGCCAAUGACCACCUUACGGAGGAGGAGCGGCGGAGGGUGGCCAGGGCCAUGUGCCACGACCCUGCCACGGCCUCCAAGUUCUACGUGGCCCUCCCCAACGGGGAGAGCCAGUAUAGGGACAGGCUGCUAAGGAUGAAGGCCCUCUGUCUGGCCUCGAACACCAGGCCAGACAGGCACACCAGGCCAGCGGUCUCAAGUAGCUCAGAGUCAGAGGGACCUGAGCCGGCUUAUCGGGACUCGCCCGACUCCUCUGGCUCUGAGCUUGCCAGCCCUGAGCCAAACCCCUCCAGCCCUGAGCCAGACCCCUCCAGCCCUGAGCCCUUCACCCCACCGCCUCAGCCCUCGACCGCCGACCGCCAGCCCUGGACCCCGGUAUGGGACUGCAGCGAGGGUACAACGGCCUCGAGGAAGCGGCGGCGGAUGCUCUUCCCGGCCGACGAGGAGGACGAGGAGCCUCGCGCCCUUCCUCACCCCAUAAAGCAGUGCACGGUGGACUGCGACAGGCUGCCGAGUGGGGUGCUCCACUUUUACGCGAAUGUCAUUCGAGAGUACCCAGCUCAAGGACCGACGAGUGUGUGGAUUCUGAACCUGAGCCUGCACCGUGACGUCUCCAACCGAUGGAGGCUGCUGUCCCUGUUGUGGUGGGGAUGUAACAGCUGUCCAGUCAUGUGUAGCUGGUUGGUUUCGUACUACGUCACUCUGGGGUUCCCCUGUUGUUGUUGGCAGUACCCCUGGCUUCCUACAGGUGGUGAUCAUAGCCUCUGCGUGAUCUAUUUCACUCUGUGUGAUCCUGGGCAGAUUCUUCCGGGCCCAGGUGGAGGCUAUUUGAAAUGCCAGUUUCCAGUCCGUGGGUUGUUGUUUUUCUACCCCUGGAGAUACUACUUGGAGGUGGUGAGUGAUUUUAAUGACGUUAUGGAGUCUCUUAGCCAGCUGUCUAACGUCCGGAUCCAGUGGUUCUUGGUGGUCCUGUGUCCGUGGGUCCUGAGGUCUGGAGCUAGGACCCCCAUCGGGUCCCCAGGCUCAGGCGGUCACCGCUGUGGCCCUGCAGGUGCCACCUUCGGCGACCACGGGGCUGAGCCCAAGUGUGAACCGGCUGUACCCUCCACUUCCUGGUUCCUGAUGGGGGCCUCUCACAGGUACAGUUCGCCUGGAGUCCCGACAGCUCCAGCGCCUCCAGGCCGUGCACCAGGAAGGUCUGGGUAUUUGGUCAUCAUGUUCCUGACUGCCUGGAUUCCUGCUGGGAUGUCAAUGUUGGUGUACAAUAAGACGGGUGUCUGGUCGACAGGGGGUGGAGGUGGUGUUCCAGGUACUGAGCCGUCCCAUACGUCUCGCUGGAACAGUCAGAGACGAUGGGACGGCCCGAGCCUGGCCCUCGGCUCUUCGCUCCCUCUCAGGUCUGCUUUAAUCAAAAAAGGCAUUUCUGGAGGGAGGAGUUCCUGUGGAGGGAACCACUCUGAGGUCCCUCUGAAAGGCCUGGACUGGGACGUGUCUCCACUAUUUUUGAAGUCUAGUGUGGGGAUAAAACUGAGACCUCUUUUCAUUUCCAGCCCCCUUGUGUUUAAGCUUUGGACAUUGUCUGCCUUUGUGUUAAAGGAAUGCUGCCCCCCUGUCAAGUGUUGA